CUGAGAUUGAUCAUAAAGUGUGCACUUAGUAUACAUCCACCAGUUUAACUCUGCCUGAGAGGAUCCAGUUACACAUACACAGAACGAGAGAGAGCAUUUACAAGGGCUACUAUGUAACAGGUGGUUUAUAGCAUACAAGAAGAAAACAAACACUUUCACAGAAAACAGGCAACUCGCAAAAUAAAAGAAAACAGAGUGGGAGGGUUUGAGUAGAAGAGGAGAUAACUAGUCCCUGAGCAACAGACUUGCAGAGUGCACGAGUCGUCGACUGAAGGGCACAAGAGUCCAGAACAUUUGACUUCCAUCGAGGACAUUCCAGCUGAGAGAAAAUUGGAUCUUUUUAUCCACUGAAUUUCAUCUGACUUACACUGUUUUGCAGUCACAUUGCAUUGCAGGCUGUGCUUUAAGCCUGUAUAAUGGCCGAGGCUCACCAGGCGGUGGCAUUUCAGUUCACCGUCACACCAGAUGGCAUCGACCUACAGUUGAGCCGUGAGGUGCUCAAACACAUUUACAUAUCUGGAGUGACAUCAUGGAAGAAGCGUGCUAUCCGCUUCAAGAAUGGUGUUCUCACAGGUGUGUACCCCGCCAGUCCUUCCAGCUGGCUAAUCGUAGUCAUUGCGAUUAUGAGCACAAUGUAUGCCAGGAUCGACCCCUCCAUGGGUAUGAUUGACAGGAUAAAGACAUCUCUUCCAGUGAGUGAAUUUAUGACCGUUCAGACUCAGAUGGUGUUGAGUGCCAUCUUGUUUGCCACAGGCCUGUGGUUAUCCUUCAUCUUCCUUCUGCGGUACAUCCUGAAAGCUCUCCUGUCCUAUCAUGGCUGGAUCUUUGAGUCACAUGGCAAAAUGAGCUUCUCUACUAAAGUUUGGCUGAGUCUCGUAAAGCUGUUGUCUGGUCGACGGCCGUUGCUCUUCAGCUUUCAGGGAUCUCUGCCCCAUCUGCCAGUACCGAGCAUUGAUGACACAAUCAGCAGGUAUCUAGAAUCAGUUCAACCUCUUCUGGAUGAUGAUCAAUAUAAACAGAUGGAGAUUGUUGCUAAUGACUUCAAAAAGGACCCUGCCCCCAAAUUCCAAAAACACCUAAAACUCAAAUCCUGGUGGGCCACAAAUUAUGUCAGUGACUGGUGGGAGGAGUAUAUCUACCUGAGAGGACGCGACCCCAUCAUGGUUAAUAGCAACUUUUACACAAUGGAUUUCCUCUAUGUGAUCCCAACACACAGACAGGCUGCACGGGCUGGAAAUGUAGUUCAUGCCAUGCUGCAGUAUCGUCGGAAACUGGAGCGAGGAGAACUUACCCCGCUGAGAGCUCUUGGGAUUGUCCCUAUGUGCUCUUUUCAGUUUGAAAGGAUGUUCAACACCACUCGUAUCCCUGGCAUUGAGACUGAUUUUGUGCAGCAUCUGAAGGACAGGAAGCACUUGGUGGUGUACCAUCGAGGCCGUUUCUUUAAGGUGUGGUUGUACUAUGGUGGUCGCCACCUUUGGCCGUCAGAGCUCGAGUUGCAGUUUCAACGUAUCCUGGAUGACAAAUCUGAACCACAGCCUGGAGAGAUCAAGCUCCCUUCACUGACUGCUGGAAACAGGGUUCCUUGGGCCAGGGCACGUUUAAAGUACUUCAGAGAGGGUGUCAACCGGGCGUCUCUGGAGGCCAUUGAGACGGCUGCGUUUUUCCUGACCCUGGACGAUGAGGCGCAUGGAUAUGAUCCAGAGAAUUUAAAAUCCCUGGACCUCUACGCUAAAUCUCUACUGCAUGGAAAGUGCUAUGACAGGUGGUUUGAUAAAUCCUUCACUUUGAUCGUCUACAAGAACGGUAAAAUGGGCGUCAACACUGAGCAUUCAUGGGCGGACUCCCCUAUCAUUGGACAUAUGUGGGAGUAUGUUUCGGCCACAGAUUGUUUCCACCUGGGAUAUACUGCAGAGGGACAUUGCAAAGGAGACAUCAACAAAAGCCUGGCGCCCCCUACCAGACUACAAUGGGACAUCCCAAAAGCGUGCCAGGAGAUUAUUGAAGGUUCUUACAUGAUUGCUAAGGGAAUUGCUGACGAUGUGGAUUUCCACGACUGCUUAUUUAAUGAGUUUGGAAAGGGCCUGAUAAAGAAAUGCAGAACAAGUCCAGAUGCUUUUAUCCAGCUAGCACUGCAGCUAGCUCAAUACAGGGACAAGGGGAAAUUCUGUCUGACUUAUGAAUCAUCCAUGACACGCAUGUUCCGCGAGGGCCGGACGGAAACCGUUCGCUCUUGCACCUGUGAGUCCACAGCGUUUGUAAAAGCAAUGGAAGACGAGAGCAAAACGAAUGAGCAGAGGUUAGAUCUCUUCAAAAAAGCUGCUGAGAAACAUCAGAACAUGUACCGUCUGGCAAUGACAGGAGCCGGGAUCGACCGGCAUCUCUUCUGCCUCUAUAUUGUGUCCAAAGUAAUGGGCAUAGACUCACCCUUCCUCAAACAGGUUUUAUCUGAGCCCUGGCGUCUCUCCACCAGUCAGACCCCUCAACAGCAGCUCAAUCUCAUCGACAUUCAGAAGUUUCCCAAAUAUGUGGGAGCAGGAGGCGGCUUUGGGCCUGUUGCUGAUGACGGUUAUGGUGUUUCUUACAUCAUUGUCGGUGAGGAUCUCAUUACAUUCCACAUUUCUAGCAAGUUCUCCAGCCCUGAGACGGACUCAUUUCGCUUUGGCCAGAAUAUCAGACAGGCCAUGCUGGACAUAAGAGCUCUAUUCAACCAGAAAGAGAAGAAGAUCUGACUCCUAAAAUCAGGAAUUUCAAAUUCCUGACCCAAGUUGAAAGCACCAGUUUUACAAUAAUCUGAACAAACAUCACUACAAACAAAUAUUAGGUUACGUUUUUAUGAAAUCCACUUGGGUAACACUUUAUUUGAAGGGGUGUACUUAAGACUGACAUGACAUUGUCAUAAAC